AUGUCGGGCCCCGACCCGCCUGACGUGCCCACCACGCGCUCGUUGAAGCGCAAGAGCUUCUCGAGGGAUGGCCAGGAGGAGCUGGAGGAGCUGGACCGCAUCUUCAAGCGCACGAAGACGGUGGUGCCACACAACCCAUACAUCCUAUCCACACCAUCCAUGGAUCCGUAUCGAUAUCACUCCCAGCAAGAAGCCCACGCGUGGAUGCUGGGGCAUCUUUGGAAGCCCGAAGAGGAACAUAUGCAGUACAGGACCUAUCUGUACCGCGAGCCAUGCCAGGACUGUUUCGAGCUCCAGGCGGGAGAGGACGACGAGCCAGAGCCAGAGCCAGAGCUAGAACCAGAGCGGCCCAGGUCUCGGGCGUCGCCAGCGUCCAACGCCGCCAGUCAAGCGCCGAAGAAGAAGAUCAGUCUGUCUGCCUACAAGAACAAGCAAGCGAACGGCGUCCUCACACCCACUCCCGGCUCCAAGCUAGCCUCACCCAGUUUACCGCCUACGAAACCGCCCACGGCGCAUACCAACGGCACGAAACCGCCUGACAAGCAAUCAGUCCUCGCUCAGAAGCCUCUAGAGAGCAAGGCGCAGAAGCACAAGAGCAGCAUCCGUCAUCCGCUGCCGCCACGACCGCCCGCCGCAGACGCAAAGAGCAUUGAGGAUGAGGAUUCCAGACCUGUUGACAAAUCGAGUCCGUCCAACUUGACACCACACGGUCUACCGCCAAUGAUAUCCCCUGUACACGAGCCCUUGAACAAUCCCUACGGACUGCCGGAUAUCCUGUCGCCGACGCUUCCCUCGAGCAUACAAGCAGAGUUGGACAGACUGGAGAAGCACAGGUCACGCGCAGUCUCGAGUGCAUCUGUAUCGUCGACAGAACCUAAGAGCCAGACACUCGCUGAGGGAAACCAUCGUCCGCAAGUGGCGGGUAAGACGUUGAAAUUAGAGCAACGUAUCCGGCCGGCGUCCAUCAGUGGGAAGUCACCUUACACUGCGCCGCCAGUCACGGAUGAAGAGAAAAAGAAGUCCAAGAUAGUGACUUUGAAAUUCUCCAAAGCGAAAGCUGCAACUGUCGAGCGAGUCCUCCGCUUACCGCCCAAGCGGCCAGCACCGCCAGCCGAGAAGAAACAGAGCCAGGAUGCGCCCAGAGAAUCUCCUGUCAAGAUCAGGACGAAGGUUGUGGAAGAGCCUGUGCAGAAGAAGCCUAAGCCGAUUCCAAAGAUCGCUGCACGUCGGCCAGAGACAUCGACAACAUCGACAUCGGCGCACAGCACCAAGCCUGCAGCGCCAGCCACAAAGACCACAGAGAAACGCCCGAGAGCCGACGACGAUGCGUCUCUGGCGGCGCCCGCUAAACGCCAAAGGGCGUUGUCCUCGCAAGAUCGACCCAACACUCCAACACCACAGGCCACGUCGUCUCCUGCGCCGUCGGCCAAAUCUAGUAUGCAGAAGAGCCAGCCCCAGUACGAAACCCCAAAGAGGGAGCACAGAGCUGUCAACAUGCUGCGGACGGGCUCGUCCGAAAGUCAAGAGGCGACGCCAGGUCGGUCAGGUGGUACUCCGGCAAACGCCAGACCCGACGCGAGGUCUGCACCGACCUCUGCGCCCUUGAAUGGGAAGAAGCAGGCUGAGAUUGCUCUGAUGGCGCAGAGCUCGAUGAAGCUCAACCAGAUGGGCCGCGCAUUGAAGCAUGAGGCUACCAAGAUCCUCAUGGAGAGGGGCAAUAAGCUGACGAAGCAAGACGAGAAGCGUGCGGCCGUGACCAACUUGGAAUGCAUACUAUCCUACAUGGCGGCUUAUUAUGCCCAGGACCUGUCUCUCAACUAUCGUGGAAGAGCAGGCGAGGUAGAGCAAACCUGGAAGACACUUCUCCCCCUGUGUCUCUCUUACGCGCGCUUCACAAAGGACUUUGCGCAUCUCGACGGCCUGCGUUCGUACCUCAGCUCCGUCAUCGCCUCGACCAUCUGCACCUUGAUAUCCCAACGCUUCUCCAGCACCAAACCCCACGACUCGCCGCAAGAUGUCGCACGCGCCCAGCUAGCUAGGGACCACGCUUCGCUUGCAGAAAACUUCGCGCUCCUCGCAGACCACACCAAGAAGACGACCGUGCACUUCCAAGACGCGCGCAUCGCGCUGCCCGUCGAGGACCUCCAGACGCAGUACAAGCGCACGUGGGCCGCGCGCGAGACGCGCACGGCGCUGAUCAAAGAGCCCGAGAAAAUCAGCGGCGCUCGCCUGUCUGGCCCUUUCUUCCUCCCCCUCGCGUCCGACACGUCGCCUAUCCAGGCUGUGCGCUUCGGGCUGGCGUUCUUGCACGAGUACUGCGAGAAAGAAGGGCUGCGGUACACGCUGCGCGUCAACCUCGACCAGCCUUCGUGA